AUGGCUUUGAUGCAAUUCAUCGUGAUCGCGCUGCUCGGCCUCCAAGUACUAGCAGCAAGUACCCCCGGCAAGUUGACAAUAGCCGGACCAGCGGAUUCGGCGGUUCCGGAAUGCUUUAAUGAGCAGGUAGUCAAGAAGACGGAAUGUACCGAUGCGCUGGCCAAAAUCAUCUACCAAAAGGACACCCUUAGCCUCUUAGAAACCAGGGUGACCGUCGCCUCUGGAGGAUGCUUCAUACGUGUCUACAAUAACAAGCAGGUUUCUGUCACCAGAAAACAGAUUUCGGACACGGUUACAAAGAUCCUAUCGGCUUGUCGGAGUGGUCGUGUUGCGAUCAAAGACAACCCAGAGGUUAGAGUCUGGGUCCGUCCACGCCCCCAACCUAGAAACUGGUACACUCCAUAUGAUCCGGAUUUCCCGCUAGAGAAGCCCUUCUGUUUCCAAGGGGCCAAAGUGGUCAAGGAAGACUGCUUAGAGGCAUUCAAACACCUUCCCGUAGACAAACAAGGUCUGCUGGUUAGUCCAGCUACCAAAAGCUUAGAUCACGAAUUGAAUUUUAAAGUCAAAUCUUGUCGGGUAACUGUCUACACAACCGAUGGAUCAAAAGCUCUUGUCAAAAAACAGGAUGCCUUGGCCGUCGUAACUACUAUGAUGAACCACUGCGAUUCACAGUGGGGUACAGUAAAUAUUAAGGGUGCCGAGGGUCCCAAUGGACAUGUAACAAUCAUCAGUCGCACUGCAAUGGGGGACGCCCUAAUACCGUAA